GAAAAAAAUGGCAAAAGCUUGUGUGAUCGCUCUUGUUUCCUUGGCAAUUUACACAUCGUCGUCCUUCAAUUUUGCCUAUGCGACAGGUGCAGCUGAAUCAAACAAGUUCAAAGUCGUAGGUCAUGUAUACUGCGACACUUGCCGUGUUGAAUUUGAGACCAAGAUCAGUCAACCUAUAAGUGGUGCGGUAGUGAAAUUGGAAUGCAGGAACCGCACCGACGGAGCCCUUACCUUUCAGAGCCCGGAAAUAACGACGACACAAUCCGGAGAUUACAGCAUCGAUGUGGAAGGAGAUUUCCAGGAUUCAGACUGCGACGUCACAUUGGUGAAGAGUCCCAGGCCGGAUUGUAGUGAUCUGACGGAAGACUGGAGAAAAGCCAGGGUUGUUAUCACCUCGCUUGACGGUGUCAGCGGCGACAUUCGGUUUGCAAACAGUCUCGGGUUCAAGAAGAAGGAAGCUCUCCCUGAGUGUAAGAAAGUUCUUACGGAGUUGGGCUAUUAUGAGCUUCAGGAUGAACUUGGACAGGAAGUAGUCUCUUGA